AUGGAUCAGGACAUUUCCGAGUCAGACAAACGCCCGCGAGCGUCUCUUCCCGUUCCCCGUUUCGUCAUCGCCCAAGGGCAUAUGUCACCCGCAUGUUCUUCACUACUCCUGCACUCUCUAACAUCAUGUCGUACAAGUUACAGGCGCCUCCAUAACAUUAUCCGCUCAUCUGCAUCCACCUCAGGCACAACUUCCCAGGCCAUCCGCACACCCACCACCCUCGGCAGCUCCCCAUCCCCCUCAACCACCUCCCCAUCCUCCAGCGCCCCUCCAUCGCACUCAGACACCUCAUCCAAUACCCCCACCUCUACCAAACAUCAUGUGGGACCCAAUGGGAGCGCGAACGGUAACAGAAGCUCGCACACAUGGCCCCACACCCCCGCACGCACCCGCCCCAUGCGCCGCGGACAGGAUCUCUCGGCCCGCUGGCACAGGCUCGAGAACGCGCUAAGGCACAAGGCAGCACUCGGUGUUGCGCGGGACGUUCUCGGUGGGCCGAGGUCUGCGAUGGAGGGUGCGGGUGUUGAGGGUGGUGUUGUUGAUGUUGAGGAGAGGGGAGGAGUGGAGGCUGUUGACGUUGAUGUCGGGAGAAAAGACGAUACUGUCGCGCGAAUAGCGGGUCUCGAGAUUCCCGACGAGCCACGGCCGCCUGCGGACGAUGAAUGCUGCAUGUCCGGGUGCGCAGUCUGCGUGUACGAUCUAUACGACGACGCCUUGAACGAAUACCGUGAGCGCGUCGAGUCCUUGCAGACUGCUCUGCGGGCCAAUGGCGUGCCCGAGGCGGAGUGGCCCGCACGUAUACGCACGGCGCCAUCGUCGAUCACGUCGCCAUUCUUUGAUGCUCCUGGUGGUACGGGUGGUGCUUCAUCCUCUCAGGUGCAGCAGUCACCACAGGCUGCCCAGCGAAGCGCGUCGACGAGCGCGUUCGAGGCGCUCGAGGCGUCGCUUAGAGGUAGUAAGGAGGAGGGUGCAGGUGUCGGGGAGGGAUCGAGCUCGGCGCAGAACUCAUCUUCUACCCUAUCUGGGGGCUCGCAGCCGCGGCGACAGUUCAGUACCAGUGCCGUGGCGUUCGCUGAGGACUCUGGCUGUGGCAAGAGUGCCUCGAGACCAGUGGGAAUGCGCUCUAUACCCAUUCCUCGCCAGGCUGCGACACAUCGUGGCUCUGUAUCUGAAACAGACGAAAACGAUACCAAGCCUGCCAGCGCUGCCCUCCGAUCUACUCAACAGUCACCGUUCGCGGGCGUCACAACAGGCACUGGACGGUCCGUGGUCGAAAUGCGACGCAAGCGCCGGUGGCGCCUCCGACCUCCGAGCUUGGGUGAGGUGUACGAGGGCGUGCGGUGGGUGUUAUUUGGGCACCGAUGAGGUAUUGUGGGAUUGGGGGGACGCUUGGUGGCUGGUGAGGACGGUGUUGCUGGAGCUUGGAUAGAGUUGCAUUAGAAUGCCUCAUAGAUUUUAUCGUAGACGGGCAGAUUAACUCAUGGAUGGAGGACGUAUCACUCCUUUAGAUUCUUGACUAGCGACCGUGUGUGAUGAUGUGCACGAUACUUGAAUCGAA